UUCCUUACCCCAACCAAGCAAACCCUCAGUAGAAAUUUCGUCUCAGUUCUUGUUUCACGUCUCUUGCGAUUUCCUUCUUUUUUCUUUGAUUUUGAUCUCUAUAUACCCUAAUUUGGCUUCUCUGAUCCAAUCCGGUGAUCCCAAUACCGGAAACCCUAGAAAUGCAGCAGCAGCAGGCUCUGAUGCAUCAGGCGUUGCUUCAGCAUCAGCAGCAGUCGCUUUAUCACCAUCCUGGUCUUCUAGCUGCCCCUCAGGACUCUCCGACUAGAAACCCUAAUCUUGACACCUGUUGCCGUUGCUGGCAAUGGUGGUCGUUCGCCGUCCCCUCAUCGCCGGACCUUAGGCUGUUGAUGUAGCAGUACAACCAUGGCAGACAAGCUGCUGCAAAGGGAAGCCAUUUGCCGACAUUGAGAGGAAGGAGGCCUAAUUGGUUCACGCUAAGGACCAAAUUCUCUAGCUUGAGCGCAGGGGAUUCCAGGUGCUAUUAUUCAGAAUUUUGACCUUAUCAACCUCUGGAGCUCUUUGCCUAACCUUAGGGACAUACAAGACAGCCCUGUUUCUUUGUAAAUCAGUACAAUUUUCCGAAAGUGCCUUGUUACUCAAAAAGUUAAAUGAUACAAAGACUGGAAGCAUAAUGUUCCUUAAUGCUGCAAAUUUUUCAUCAUCGAUUCUCUUUUGGAGAUCCAAGGUGUUCUUGUUUCUCUUAUGGGGCAUUGUUUCUCUCAAGGUGGAUAGUUUUGGUCUGCAGAAUGAUGUUAAACAUAGUCAUCCAAACAUUGUUAUUGAAUUGCCAUGCUUCCAAAAGUAUCUCACUGGCUAUUUCUAUGAAAAACAUGGGCAAAUUCUUGAAUCUGAUUUUCAUGGUUUAGCUCAAGAGGUUGGUUCAGAUGAACUAGACAGAAGUCUAGUUCAUAGUUUGAAGGAUGUGUUUGGAUUCUCAGAGCUGAACCGGCACCUGAUUGGUGAAGGUUCUCAUAGACGUCUUGUCACCAAUUUCAAGUUAAAUAUCAAGCCAGAUGACAUGUCAUGGUUGAACAAUCAUUACUGUGAAGUAGUUGUUAUUGAACGAUUCCCGAUUGGGGUCUUUGCCGAUCCAUUUGAGCUUCAGCAUCUUGUUGAGCAUCAAGUUUUCGUUGAUGUUGCUGUUUUUGGAGACACCAAUUUGGAACUUCCCUCCGCACUUUCGAAUAAGUCUGUUGUUGAGGUCCACAUGAACACUACACAUAAUGUUCUAUCAAGACAAAGUGAGAUCACUGUGGAACUACCAUUACAUGCUAGGUAUCCGCCCCUUGAUGUUGCUGGUUACACCAAGAUUGAAUUCGGUCAACCAGAUUUGCUUAUGUGAUGCAAACCUCAAGUUAACCAGCGUGAUUUCUGUUCAUGGAUACUUACCGGUUGGAGUGAUGAUUCUCAUAAAAACGGCAUUUUUUGGUUGGUACCAUGUGGUAACAUGGAACACACAACUCUUGUAUCCAGCAUUACUUUCAUUUCAGCACUAGUAUCUGCUCUUUUGAUUGUUCUUUCGGUUAUAUACCGCUCCACCAAUGAAGAUAUGAAAAACUCAUAGUUACAUUUCACUUCAAAAUUUUGUGUGGACUUUUACAGUGGAAGCUACAAGUUUAGCAAUGUAUUUGAUUCUAAUUCUUAUUUCA